AUGGAAGACCCCGCCUACGCCGUCAAGGUCUACGUCUACGACCUCUCGCACGGCCUUGCAGCCGUGUACUCGCCAAUGGUGCUUGGAACCACCAUCGAGGCCAUCUACCACACCUCAGUGGUGGUAUACAACAAAGAGCACUAUAUCAACGCAGGAAUCCAGGUGUCGCCUCCAGGAACCACCAAGUACGGUCUCCCCAUCGAAGUCAUCGACAUGGGAGAUACUUUCAUCGGUCCUGAGAUUUUUGACGAGUUUUUGGAAGAGCUCCGCAACCACGAUCACAACAAGUACCACGCGUCCAAUUACGACAUCUUCGACAACAACUGCAACCACUUUUCCAACACGGUGGUGGAGUUCUUGGUGGGCCGCAGCCUCGACGACAGGAUCGUCACCCUCCCCCAGAAGGUGUUGGCCACUCCCAACGGCCAGAUGCUUCGCCAGAUGCUUGGGAACGGAGGCGCCUGGGUGUAG